AUGGCGAGGACCAAACAAACCGCCCGAAAAUCAACGGAAGCGGCUCAAGUCAUGACAAAGGUACAACCCAAGAGGAAGGCUGAGUUUGAAAGUGAAGUGAAUCAUUCUAGUAGCACCGGAGUUGGUAGUACUAGCAGCAACAGCAGUUAUAUUGUUCCACCUUCUAAAAGUUUGAAAACCAUUUGUAUUCCAUAUGAAAGAGAAUAUCAAGAUCAGACCACGAACACCUCCUCCGAUUAUCAUCAAUCAUUAUUUGGAUGUUUAUCCGAAUUACCUAAUGAAAUAUUUCAACACAUUUUGACUUUCUUGGUUGGAGAUUUUGAACUCUACAAAAAAAUUGAUGUCACAAAAAUUGAUCCAAAUGCUGAUAAGGAGCAACGAAAUCGAUACAAAAGAAGUUAUUUAUCGUCAGAUAUUGAGUCAUUCCUCAUUCCGUAUGAAAAUCUUGUUGCUCUUGUGAAAUUAAUGCAGACAAACAAAGAACUGAAUCGAAUGAUCACCUCCAAAAGAGAUGACGAUCACUUGACUGAUUUUGAAUUGUUUUGGUUGAAUGGAUACAACUUUUCGAAAAGCUGUUUUAUUGGAUUCGAACUAGGACUUUGGAAACAUUAA